GAUGAGGAAAGGAGUCCCCCCGCGUGCGGAGAGGAGGCGCCAGCUGCUCCAUCAGAGGAGCCGCAGCAGCGACGAGCCGGAGUCGCCGUCCAGCAGGGAAGCGACACAGGAGAGAUGAGCACCGCCGGUGAGACGCGUCCAAAGAGGCUCCGGAUCAGUGGAGACGACGGCGUUCCGCCGGACAUCCUCACUAAGGUGGAGGAGUGUUUGCAGCCGUUCCAUCUGUCGGUGGAGGUCUUACGUGGGGUUUCUUCCAAGCUGAGGAGGGACUUGAUCCGAGGUUUGGGAAAACACACCCACCGCCGUGCGCCUGUUAAGAUGCUCCCUACCUUCGUACGUGCCACGCCGGAUGGCACAGAGAAGGGCGACUUCCUGGCCCUGGAUUUGGGAGGCACAAACUUCCGCCUGCUGCAUGUGCGCGUGGAGGAAGACCUGCAGCGCGUGCUGAAGAUGGACUGCAGGAUCUGCGCUGUCCCGCAGGAGCUCAUGGCAGGAUCAGGAGAACAGUUGUUUGACCACAUAGCGUCCUGUCUGUCAGAGUUUCUGGACUCUCUGAAUCUGAAGCAGCAGAUUCUUCCCCUGGGCUUCACCUUCUCCUUCCCCUGUGAGCAGAAAGACAUCGACAAGGCUAUCCUGAUCCACUGGACCAAAGGCUUCAGCUGCUCCGGGGUGGAAGGGAAGGAUGUGGUCCAGUUACUCCGAGACGCCAUCCACAGGAGAGGGGACUAUGACAUUGGCUGGGUGGCCAUGGUGAACGACACGGUGGGGACGAUGAUGAGCUGUGGGUAUCGGGACCAGAGCUGCGAGAUUGGCCUAAUUAUUGGUACAGGAACGAAUGCCUGCUACAUGGAGAAGAUGGAGAACGUGAAGCGGGUGGAGGGGGAGGAUGGGCAGAUGUGCAUCAACACAGAGUGGGGGGCCUUCGGAGAUGACGGUGCCCUGAAAGACAUCCAGACAGAGUUUGACGUGGCGCUGGACAAAACGUCCCUCAACCCUGGUGUCCACACGUUUGAGAAGAUGAUCAGUGGUAUGUAUCUGGGAGAGAUCGUGCGCUUGGUGCUGGUGAAACUGGCCGAGGAUGGACUGCUGUUUGAUGGACAGCUGUCAGACGAGCUGCUGACACACGGGAGCUUUGAGACACGCUUCAUUUCCCACAUAGAGGAGGAGGAGUCUGGUCUGGAGAAAGCUCGGGAGAUCCUGGUGGGUUUGGGUCUGGAGGCCGGGCCAGUGGACUGUCAGGUGGUGCGUCUGGUCUGUGACACCGUGUCCACGCGCUCCGCCAGCCUCUGCGCCGCUGGCCUGGCAACCAUCGCCAACCGGAUCCGCCUCAACCGUGGCCUGGACCAUCUGAAGACCACAGUGGGGGUGGACGGGUCGGUCUACAAAAAACACCCCAAUUUCAGCGACCAGCUACAUGCGACUGUUAGCAUCCUCGCCCCCAGAUGUAACAUCAACUUCCUGCUCUCCGAGGAUGGAAGCGGCAAGGGCUCUGCCAUGGUAACAGCCGUGGCCCAGCGGCUCGCCCUGCAGUCCCGCCUCCUGGAGGACAGCGAUGGGGAGGAUGGCGAGGAGGAGGAGGAGGAGGAAGAAGAGGAGGAGGACGAUGAAUAAGAUUAGGGAAUGCAUUCAGAAGCUGUUUUACAUUAGGGGGUGAUACAAAUGGUAAAUGAAGCAACUAACUGAAGUGUUCCAGCAAGAAGUCCUACAUUUGUUUUAAGUUUUAAAGAGGUGACACACAAGAGUUUGCAUGUUUUAGUCCCCCUGAUUUCUUGUUGAACUGUAAUUCAGCAAGGUUUUCAGUUUCAUGUAGAAAUGCUCAAUUUCAAUAAAAAGAAAAAAAC